AUGUCGCCAAUUAACAGAUCAUUUCAAGACAGUGAGAAGCAGUCGCCGGGCAGCCCAACAGAGAAAGUUACAAAAUUCUGUCCAGUGUUGGAUCCGGACCCAGUGUUGGACCAGCCGUCGGUCGUCAUCUCCAACUGCCGUUCCCAAGCGCGAGGAACGAAGAACACUGUCUCAACAACACGAAUGGCCUCUUCGAACAGGAAGCGAGACCGGGAUGAGUAUAUAUCUGAUGACAGAAGCGAUGACCCUGAUGGCCUCGACGAUGCGGACUACGUGGGCGAAAACGGUGAAGACGCACAUGGAAACAGCGUUCCUUUCCAUUGA